AUGAUGGUCAAACUGGCCGUGGCGCUGCUGGUUUUGUCAGUGCUGGAGCAAGUGGUGGGAUUGGAUAAUAUCGAUAUCCAUGACAGCCUCCCGGAGAAGCCUGUGAGCCAAAAGGGACGCCUAUCCCUGCAGAAUACAGCUGAGAUCCAGCACUGCCUGGUGAGUGCAGGGGAUGUCGGUUGUGGUGUGUUUGAGUGCUUUGAGAAUAACUCCUGCGAGAUACGAGGCCUACAGGAAAUCUGCAUGACGUUCCUGCACAACGCUGGCAAAUUUGACUCUCAGGGGAAGUCCUUCAUCAAGGAUGCUCUGAAAUGUAUGGCUCAUGGGCUACGGCACAAGUUCAGCUGUAUCAGCAGGAAGUGUGUGUCCAUUAAAGAGAUGGUGUUCCAGCUCCAGAGAGACUGUUACAUCAAACACAACCUGUGCUCUGCUGCUAAGGACAAUGUGGCCAUCAUGGUGGAAAUGAUCCAUUUCCAAGAUCUCUUUCCGAAAGGCCCAUAUGUGGAGCUGGUGAAUAUUCUCCUGAGCUGUGGCGAGGAGGUGAAGGAGGCAUUGACACAGAGUAUCCGGCUACAGUGCGAGCAGAACUGGGGGGCUCUGUGCGACAGCCUGAGCCUCUGCUCCUCCUUAGCUCCAUCUCCCGCCGGCUCUGCCAUUGACCACCACCGCCGCCCUUUGCCCCCCCAUCCUGAACCGGAGCACCCUCGACCCCCGCGGCAUGGUGACAAGGAAAAACCCGCUAAGGCGGGCUUCAACGCUCACCUACGCAAUCGCAGUCAGGGACCCCGCCGCCAGAGUCCAGAGGCCGGAGUUGUGGCUGAGCAGCAAGACCCCGAAGCCGCUAACAUCCGGAGGUGA